GCGGCGGGGGGCCGGAGGAAUGCGGCGCGGAGAGGCGGCGCCGGGCUCGGGAUGAGCUGGAGGGCGCGCAGGGGCGCGGGGCGCGGGCGGGCGCCGCUGGCCCAGGGCUCCGGGGGCCCGUCCUUGUCCUUGCCGCCGCCCUCGCCGCCGCCCUCCCCGCGGCCCCCCUCGCCCCCGCCGCCCGCCGCCGCCGCCCCCUUGGACUCCCUGCCCGCCGGCACUGCUGCCGCCGCCUCCUCCUCCGCCGCCGCCGGCUCCUGCUCGGGCUCCUCGUCGUUGUCGGGCGGGGAGGGCCUGUUCGGCUGGGUGCGCGGGCGGCAGCUGGGCCGCGGGGGGCGCUGCGUGGAGCCGGCCAGGGAGACCUUCGGGGCCAUGACGGGCCUCUACGGCGCCAUCCAGCCCGCCGACUCCGUCUCCCCCAUCACCCGCACCCACGGCGCCGUCUUCAACCUCGAGUACUCCCCCGGAGGGUCAGUCCUAACAGUGGCUUGUGAACAGACGGAAGUCCUACUCUUUGAUCCUAUCUCUUCAAAGCACAUCAAAACUCUCUCGACGGCUCAUGAGGACUGUGUAAAUAAUAUCAGGUUUCUUGAUAACAGGCUGUUUGCAACAUGUUCUGACGACACUACCAUAGCACUUUGGGAUCUGAGAAAGUUGGAUUCAAAAGUGUGCACUUUACAUGGUCACACCAGCUGGGUCAAGAACAUUGAAUAUGACACUAACACAAGAUUGUUAGUCACAUCUGGAUUUGAUGGGAACGUUAUCAUUUGGGAUACCAACAGGUGCACAGAAGAUGGCUGCCCCCAUAAGAAGUUCUUUCACACCCGCUUUCUCAUGCGCAUGAGAUUGACCCCAGAUUGUUCCAAAAUGCUGAUCUCAACUUCCUCUGGGUAUCUCCUGAUCCUUCAUGAUCUUGAUUUAACCAAAUCUUUAGAGGUUGUCAGUUACCCCAUUUUGAGAGCCAGGAGAACCACAUCCAAUUCAGAUCUGACAUCUGCCACCUCAUCUGGACCUAGGAGUUCUGGGUCACCAGGUCAUCAGGGAGAUUCAAGCUCCAUGUCUGAGAAACACACGGUACGAGCCACCCAGCGAGAAGGUGGAUCUCCACGCAAUAGCCUUGAGGUUUUAACUCCAGAGGUUCCUGGAGAGAGGGAUCGGGGAAACUGCAUCACUUCACUGCAGCUGCAUCCCAAAGGGUGGGCUGCACUUCUCCGAUGCUCAAGUAACACUGAUGACCAAGAGUGGACUUGUGUCUAUGAAUUCCAAGAGGGAGCCCCUGUGCGGCCAAUUUCCCCUCGCUGUUCCCUCCGAUUGACUCAUUGCAUUGAAGAAGCCAACGUGGGCCGGGGCUAUAUCAAAGAACUCUGUUUCAGCCCCGACGGCAGGAUGAUUGCCUCCCCACAUGGCUACGGAAUCCGCUUGUUGGGGUUUGACACCCAGUGCAGCGAACUGGUGGACUGCUUGCCCAAAGAAGCGGCCCCCUUACAAGAGAUCCGCUCGCUCUAUUCACAUGGCGAUGUGGUCCUGACCACCAAGUUUUCUCCAACACACUGUCAGAUUGCCUCUGGGUGCCUUAGUGGUCGCGUCUCUUUGUAUCAGCCAAAGUUCUAGGCACCUCUGGCCUUGAAAGGAACAUCUGGUGUUUGUUUUUUAAAUUACUUCAGUUUAGUUGGAGUGUUCUUUUUUUAAAGAAAAAAUCUUGUAAAUUUGGAGUUCCUCUAAUUCCUGAAAAGAUUGAAAGGUCCAGUCCCGCCCUUUACAUGAGUGUGUAUUUGUUUGUUGUGACUCUGAAUUUGCACAUCAUACUUUGGUGCAUUCUCCCCUUUUGCUCCUACUGAUGCCACUGUUGCUGUCUGGAUCAAGCACGGUGGCACUCAUAAGCCUGUCUUUCUAUAUGACUAUUUGUGGGAAAGAAUAGCUUGGGAGGAAUUGAUGUGCGUCUUUCCCUGAACUGGACUUCAGCACCCUUGUUUCUUCUUGGGUUCUAGAUUUUGCUGUAUCUUCUUCUUCUUCUCUACCUAGAUAAUGAAACAGUUCUCUUGCACACUACCUUAGCUACAUGCCACAGAGACAUUUAUUGUUUUUGUGAACAACACAACAAAAUGGUUUAAUCACAUUUGCUGUUCUGUAGUUUUGUUAGCUGAUCUAGAAAUUGUACCCUUGUGCAUUGCGCAGCCAUCACCCAAGACUGGAGGCACAUUUUCUUUUCCUUGGUUGCUAAAGAAAAACUGGAGAACUUAAUGCUUUGUCCUCACAGGUCUUGUAUAGGAGCACCUUUGUAAUUGCAUUGUUUGAUCUCUUAGCAAGUGCCCGAACACUUAGGUUCACAAUCUAGCAGGACGUUCUCUGCGUAAGAAAAUAAAUAAGAGCUUUGGAAGUGUCAAAGCUCUGGAAGAGGCUCACGGUUCAGUGAGGCCUGUGCAAGAGAACAUGCUGCUGAAUUAUGUGGUAAACCUCUGAUGGAUCUUUGUUAUUGAAAAAGUCUUGGGGAGUGAAUAAAUUUUUUUGUUUCAGAGUAUCAAAUUGAAUGUUGCUCAGUGCUCUUCUAAUUUACAGAGGGACUAGUGUUAGUUGGCUUUUAACUGAUGUGCCUUGAAAGUCACAAAAUUAUGCUACUCCAUCUAUGAGCAGGCCUAGUGCAUAUAGGCCCUGCUGUAAGUUGCACAGCUUACCGUAUAUAAAGUUCAGCCAAAAAGUUGUUGAAAGAUAAGUUUUCUCCUCUGACAGUAACAACAUAAUGGCACAUCCUUUGGAAUUGUUCCUGCAGCUAUUCAUUGAAAACACUUUUUACCAUGUUUUUCCACUGCAGAUACUUAUGUGAAAUAAACCAAGUAAUCAUCAACCUGUUUUGCUUUGUUCUUGAUGGAAGGUGUACAUAGCACACCUAUUCACCAAGACCUGUUGUUGAAUGUGUUUGUGGUGACUUUGCUCCAUCAGUCAAACAUUAAGAGGCUGAGUUCAGAAAAUUGGCUGUGGAAAAAGAUGCAGGAAGUGGCGGGCCUUUGACUCUCAAAAUUAAAAACGAGAAAGUGAUCAAACUCUGAAUCCUGCCCCCUGAGUUUCCAUUGAAGUAUAGUGGUCAAACUGAGCAUUCGAGAUGGAUCACUCAUUGCAGUGUGAUGUGAUCAGCGGCCCAUAAAAAAGGUAUCAGUUUGCUGAGUUCUUUGAUUGUUUGUAAAUGUUUUAUAAUCUGUUUUGGAAAAGUUUGCAAAAGAUCGAAGCAACUUCAAUAAAAUCACUGCUAUAGAUAAAUGUGGAAUCCUUUCUAUAAUAGAACCAACAAAGAGAGCCAGCAGGGAAUGUAUGAUGCCUCAAUCCCACUGUGUUUAGCAUCCUGAAAUCAUCUAGGAAGGUGAUUCGUUUUAAUUGGAAUAAUAGUCAUGAUAUUUGCCUUGCUGAUUUGGACAAGGGAAGGGAGCUGCAGGUUUAAGAGAAUGUUGCAGAGAUUUUGGGAAAGAAGCACUCUGAUCUUUUGACUUGUGAUGAUGUAGCAGUGUACACAAGUGCACCAGCAACUCAAAGAGUCACUGCUGUUUGAGAUUAGAAAUUGUUUGGAGCCUUCCUGUCUGAAAAAAUAAAACCUCAUCUUCAUGAGAAAUGCUUAUGUAUCAACAAAACUCUGAACAGUCUGGAGACCCAGAAAAUGGCUCUUAUUGAGGAUUCAUUUUUUUUAGAAAAAAAAUUGAUUUCAGAAAUAAUUAAGUGCCAUAGGUAAACAAAAAUGGUAAACUUUUAAAAUCAGUUCAAAGAUGCUAGUUCUGUAGUCCACAACAUAACAAGGAAUAUUAACUCUUAUGUAGAAUUUGACUAAUAAAUAUAUUGGCAAGUAUAGUUCAGGGUUGGUUUUUUUUUUUAAGAUCACUAUUUCUUAAAACAACACCCACCUAAAUGAAUAUCCCCUUUUAAUACUGGAUGAUGUCAAACAAGAAAGAUAUGCAUUUCCUUCUUUUCCUGCCCAAAAUGGAAUCACCUUCAUUCAAUGCUUGAAAAGUUAUACUCACUUGUUCUAUCAAAAUGUAUCCUUGUAGUUUUCAAAAGUUGGGUAAUUACUUUAUUUUUAAUAUGCCGGUUUUGCUGGGAUCAAAUAUGUGUUUUGACCCCUCAUUUCCUCCUCUUCACUCCCAUCUUACACUAAAUGUUGCCCUCUCUUUGCUUUCCAUGCAGCAGUGGUUCUCAACCUGUGGGUCCCCAGGUGUUUUGGCCUACAACUCCCAGAAAUUCCAGCCAGUUUAGCAACUGUUAGGAUUUCUGGGAGUUGAAGGUCAAAACAUCUGGGGACCCACGGGUUGGGAAUCACUGCCAUACAGGAUCAGUGCUGAAUGAGAGUAAACCCAUACAUUGCCAGUGUAAUGUUGGGAGAGGAUGGAAUAUACUAAAUGUUCUCCUCUGG